AACAAUUCGAAUAGCUUACGAUUAUGGCAAUAUAAACGAAUCUCGUACUGUUAUUGGAGUCAAACUUAUAUUCUGUAACAAGACGCUAAAUCUUGUUUCAAAUUCAUGAAUUUGCCGCGUUCUCUUUCUCUAACUCAAACUCAUGAUAAAAUUAUGUUAUCGUUACAGAAAACGGCCACUGACCAAUUUGCUAUUAACCCAGUUUCUGAAUCAUCCUUACACACAAUGUGGCUUCUCUGUAUCUCUAUCCACCAACACCAAAUUCCCCCAAGAACAUGUAAACUAUAUAACACCAAACCCCGAUUUCGACGCUCAUAUAAGUGCUCGUUUUCUCCAAGAUUGCAUCGUCACCGGUAAUUUAGCAUCCGGAAAGACUCUUCAUUGUCAAAUCUUGAAAAAAGGUGGUAACUUGGACUUGUUUGGAUGGAAUAUACUUUUGAAUUUGUAUGUUAAGUCUGAGCUUUUGUCGGAUGCACGUAAAGUGUUUGAUGAAAUGCCUGACAGAAAUACAGUUUCGUUCGUUACAUUAAUUCAAGGGUUUUCGGAGUUGCUUCCGAAUAUUGAAUCUGUAAGAUUGUUUAUUAGGUUACAUAGAGAAGGCCAUGAGCUUAAUGCCUUUGUUUUCACUUCUGUUUUGAAGCUGCUUGUGAACACGGAAUGUGGUGAAUUGGCUAGAUAUGUUCAUGGGUCGAUUUAUAAAUUGGGUCAUGAUUCUAAUGCCUUUGUUGGCACUGCACUUCUUGAUGCUUAUUCGUCGAGUGGGUUUGUAGAUAUGGCGAAGGAAGUUUUUGAUUGUAUUUCUUGCAAAGAUAUGGUCUCAUGGACAGGGAUGAUUACUUGUUAUGCUGAGAAUGAUUAUUUCAAUGAAGCUUUUCACUUAUUUUCUCGAAUGCGUAUGCUAGGGUUUAAUCCUAAUAACUUCACACUUGCUAGCAUGCUAAAGGCGUGUCUUGGCCUCGAGGCUAUUGAAGUGGGUAGAAGUGUUCACGGGUCUGCUAUAAAAUCUUGCUAUGAUAUUGACUCUUAUGUUAGUGUUUCGUUGCUUGACUUGUACACCAAGUCUGGGAACAUUCAAGAUGCACGGCUAGUCUUUGAAGAGAUUCCUAAGAAAGAUGUGAUUCCAUGGAGUUUUAUGAUUGCACGAUAUUCCCAGAGUGACCGAUGUGAAGAGGCUGUGAAACUAUUCUGUAGGAUGAGACAAGGACCCGCAGUUCCUAACCAGUUCACUUUUGCUAGUGUGCUGCAAGCAUGUUCAACAAUGGAGAACUUAUCCUUAGGGAAGCAAAUUCAUUGCCAUGUACUGAAGGUUGGUCUUGAUCUUAUUGUAUAUGUAUCUAAUGCCCUUAUGGAUGUUUACGCUAAAUGUGGAUUAAUAGAUGACUCAGUCAAACUGUUUAAAGACUCAAAAACAAGAAAUGAGGUCUCUUGGAACACACUAAUUGUUAAUUAUGUGCUAUUUGGCAACUGGAAUAAGGCACUGACUCUGUUCUCUGAUAUGCUGAAAGAUCGGAUUCAGUUUACAGAGGUGACAUACUCUAGUGUUCUCCGUGCUUGUGCUAGCUUGACAAUCUUGGAGGCUGGCAUUCAAAUACAUUGUUUGACGAUCAAAACCCUUUAUGUAAACGAUUUAGUUGUUGCCAAUUCUCUAUUAGAUAUGUAUGCCAAAUGUGGCAGCAUUAAGAUGGCCCGUUUGGUCUUCAACAUGAUUAACCAUAAAGAUGUGGUGUCAUGGAAUGCAAUGAUUUCAGGAUAUUCCAUGCACGGUCUUGGUCAAGAAGCCCUGGGUAUGUUUAAAAUGAUGAAUAAGACGGAUAUUAAACCUGAUCAAUUAACAUUUGUUGGUGUCCUUUCGGCAUGCAGCAACAUAGGUUUAUUAGAUGAAGGUGAAGCCUAUUUUGCCUCCAUGACGAAAGAUUAUGAUAUUGAACCUUGUAUGGAACAUUAUACUUGUAUGGUAUCACUUUUUGGGAAACUGGGUCAACUAGUCAAGGCUGUGAAGGUAAUUGAUCAAAUUCCUGGUGAACCUAGUGUAAUGGUAUGGCGUGCUUUACUUGGAGCUUGUGUAAUUCAUAAAGAUGUUGAGCUCGGUGAAUUAUCUGCUAAACGUGUUCUUGAGUUGGAACCACAAGACGAGUCUACGUAUGUGCUAUUAUCAAACAUAUAUGCAAAUGCAAAAAGAUGGGAUAAUGUAGCUUUGGUUAGAAGAUAUAUGAAGAAAAAAAGAGUGAAAAAGGAGCCUGGCCUCAGUUGGAUUGAAAAUCAGGGAAUAGUUCAUUAUUUUACAGUCGGUGAUUCUUCGCAUCGUGACAUCAGACUAAUCCAUGGUAUGUUGGAGUGGUUAAAUUUGAAAAGCAAUAGGUCUGGCUAUGUUUCUAACCAUGAUGUCAUAUUACUUGAUGUUGAAGACGAUGAAAAGGCACGUUUGUUGUGGGUACACGGUGAAAGGUUAGCUCUAGCGUUUGCUUUAGUUAGUACACCGUCAGGAUCCCCAAUUCGUAUUAUGAAAAAUCUUAGAAUAUGUUUGGACUGCCAUGACGUCUUCAAGUUUAUAUCAAAGAUUGUGCAACGCGAAAUUAUAAUGAGAGAUAUAAAUAGGUUUCAUCACUUUGAAGAUGGUGUCUGCUCUUGUGGCGAUUACUGGUAAAGUUCAGUAUUUAUUGAUAAAUUAUAUGUGUGUAGAAUAUGAUAUUAUGUUGAUUUAUAGUGAUAUCAUUGUACCAUUGACGUCUCUUUUGGAAGAUUUUCCAUUUUUGAUUAGACACAUUUUUUUGAUAUAUAACAUGUGCUGUCUGUAGAUACAAAGGCAUCCUCUUUUCUUCUU